UUAAAUUGUCCUUCAUUUGUCAGAGGUGAAUCGACAAACGGGGCAAGCUACUAUUUCUCUUGUCCCACAGUUCCUCGGAUCUGUACCCCAAUAAUAAAACAUCUUCCGAGGAGUUUCCGAGUUCAGGACAAGCAAAAGAAAAAUGGCAUUUACCGGGACUUUGGACAAGUGCAAGGCCUGUGACAAGACCGUUUACGUGGUGGAUUUGAUGACUCUUGAAGGAGUACCUUAUCAUAAAACUUGCUUUAGAUGCAGCCAUUGCAAGGGAUACCUUCAAAUGAGCACUUAUUCCUGGAUGGAUGGAGUGCUGUACUGCAAGACUCAUUUUGAACAACUAUUCAAGGAAUCUGGCAACUUCAGCAAGAAUUUUCAAUCAGGGAAAACUGAGAGGGGUGAACAUAAUAGGACUCCUAGCAAACUUUCAUCCAUGUUUUCUGGAACCCAAGACAAGUGUGCAGCUUGCGAGAAAACGGUGUACCCGUUGGAAAAGGUUACCAUGGAAGGUGAAUGCUACCACAAGACAUGUUUUAGGUGCGCCCACGGAGGCUGUCCUCUGACACACUCUUCGUAUGCCGCCCUCGAUGGUGUCCUGUAUUGCAAGCAUCACUUUGCUCAGCUUUUCAUGGUGAAAGGAAACUACAGCCAUGUUCUUCAAGCAGCUACACACAGGAGGAACUCCUCCACGUCAUCAACCGCCCUUACUGAAACUCAAGCCACACGAGAGGAAACCGCUGAUGAUGAUGAAGAACAAUCCAAAGAGGCAUCCGAUGAUUAAACACACCAUCGGUUCUUUUAUGAGUUUCCCCACCAUAAUGCUUUUUGAGAGUUCUGCAACGAACUUGUUUGAUCGGGUUUUUGGAUUGGAUUGAUUUACUUUAUGUAUUUUGAAUAUACAGACAAUAUGCAUGAUCAAUUCGUAA